AUGUAUACUAUGAGUCCAAUGCUGCCCGAAAUGAUAGCCUCGGUGUUCAAAUUGCGCAAUAAAACCGGGGUGAAAUACGAGUUUGUAAAGAGCAUAGUGUUUAAUGUGUUGACACAACCGACAACUAAACACUUGAGCGGAAACGCGUGGACAGACUUCGUGGCCGACGACUCCAUCGCAACCAUUGAAUUGCAUUUCCAGGAAAUACAGCUAAUCCUCGAAAAGCAGUGAUUUAUAUGCAUUCAAUUGUUUUCAAAGAAUCUGAAUU